ACAUGCGAGAAUAUCGUAAAGGAUGGGCGAUGAGAAUGAUGAAUUAUCAAAAAAAAAUGGAACAAUAUGAUGGUGAUGAGAUGGAAAAUAUCAUACCUCCAGAACGGCUUGAAAUUUGGGAUAUGCGGCAUGUUUUGGUUACCCAUGAUGAAGUUUAUUUUUAUGCUAAUGACGACAAUUUAUCCUUUUGGGUAGAAGAUAAAGAGUCCAUUAUCAAGAAAAAAGGCCAAGGAAUGACUAUGCAUCCAAAAGUUGAAGAUAAAUUUAAGUUUAAGGACGGGUGGUUCAUUCGUAAUUAUGAAAAAAUCACACAACCUAUGCUUUUUUUAGAUGAAAACGAUAGUAUC